GACCAAUCGGAAUGUUACAGAGAAUCCUUCAAUCCGUGGUCAGUCGAUUGUCGGAUAGCGCCUCUGUGAAAGAUGAUUAAAAUGUAUCUAAAAGUUUUGUAUUCGUUGUUGUUGAUGUUGAGUUUCUAUGGAAUCCCUUCAACCGGACAGAAGAAAAAGGAGACCCUGCUGUCUGAGAAGGUGGGCCAGCUUAUGGACUGGACAGGGAAGAGAGCUGUGAUCCGUAUGAACGGGGAGAAGUUUCGUCGCUUUGUGAAGGCUCCUCCCAGGAACUACUCUGUGGUCAUCAUGUUCACUGCCCUGCAGCCACAGAGACAGUGUGGCGUCUGCAAGUAACUUAUCUACAAAUUGUUAAACCAGAUAAU